CAAAAUGGAAAUUAGAAAAGGAAAAUGAGGUCAAAAAAUACAAAGAGGGCUAUGAGAAUCUUGUUGCUCAAAUAAAGAAGGGGGAAGUUAAUGCCAUAGAAAACGCUUUGAAAAAUGUCUUGGGAAUUAAAGAUAUUAAAGAAAAAUUGGCUGCUCGGGAUAAGGAGGUUGAAAAAAUGCAGCAGCAAAAGGCAGAUUUAGAAACAAAAUUGACCGAAAAAAAUGCUGAAAUUACUGACUUGACCGAAAAAAUAACGGCCAAAGAGGCUGAAUUUACCCAAAAAAGCGAAGAAUUGAAUGAAAUUAGGGCAGCGAAAAAUGAUGUGGAAAAGACCUACAACGAGACCAAGAGAGAAAAAACUGCUGCUGAAAAGGAACACGAAGCAGUUAAGGACGAACUAACCCGCGAACAAGACGCUCAUAAGGACACCCAGAAUGCCCUAGCCGCUGAAAAGAACGCCCAUGCUCUUACUGCUGCGACUAAAAAUAAAACGGAAAAAGAAUUAAAUGAUGACUUAGAAAAAAUGAGCGAACAAUUAAGCAAAGAGCAAAAGAAAACCCAAAGCCUUCAAACCAAAUGCCACGAAUUACGACAAGAAAAAUCAACCCUACAAGAUAAUUUUAACCAGCAAGAGCGGGAAAAUGAAAUAUUAAUCCGCCUAAACACUGAUUUACACCACCAAUUAGAAGCAGCCCUAAAAAAUUAUCAGCAAACUAAAAAUGAACUCCAAACCAAGCAAACCGCUAACCAACAAUUAAGCCAGGAUGUAGAAAAAUUACAAGCCGACGAGCGGGAUAAAGAAAUAAGAAAAACGAAUUUACUGAAAAAAGCCACCCAAUCACUUCGGAAUAAAUUGAGCCAACAAACUAAUAAUUUAACCGGCCUGCUGUCAGUAGCCAACAAUACUAUAAGAACCUAUGAAAAAUAUUUGAAAGAAGAAUUAAAAAUAAGCGAUUUAAAUAAUCUACCAUCAGUGCCGGCUCCUUUGGCAACUUUGAUUAAUUUUUUUAAUAAUCCUCCGAACUGUUUAAAUCCCCAACAUAGUGAUUACGAUAGUCUAAAAAAUCGUCUGCGGCAAGCCGAAACCGAGUGCGAUCAAUUAGCAACCGAGAACCAGAAACUUAAAAACCAAAACAAUCUGACCAGAAACGAUAACCUUAAAGACAAAUCCGCCUCGCAACCAACCGAAAAUAAAUCUUCCGCUGAUUCUCAACUAGUAAAUGAAUUACGGAACCAGAUAACGGCCUUGAACCGAAAAAUUAGCCAAAGCGGGGCAACCAAUGAAAAGGAAUUAUUGAAUCGAAUCAGUUCCGAUUUGUCCUUAGAUUUGAGCCCGCCCAUCAAUUAUGACCGAGUAAUUACGGCUAUUCAACAAUUAAUUAAAAAUAAGUCUGCUGAAAGUCAUAAUCAAGAACUUGCUGGUUAUGGCAGUUUGACCAAUCUGCUGGCCGAAACCGAUUGUCAAAAAGUGAUAAUAGCCAGUCCGUCUAAAUAUUCCUCUGAGCAUUCGGCUUUAUCAAUUUUUAUUAAUUAUCUGACGAAAACGAAAAUUAUUGGAAAAAUUCCGGCUCGUGCUUUUACUCCUGCUCCAUCCGUAGAUGGGGUGUUGGUAUCAAUUGAACCUUACCAAGAUGUUGAUGUCUCAAAAGAACAGUUAAUUUCUUUUUUGCGUUUUCUGAAAAAUUGUUUUCGUUUUCGUCGCAAAACUCUCUUAAAUAAUCUUUUAAGUAGCCUGGUUGUGGCUCUGGGUGGAGGAAUUUUUUGGUUAGGAAAAAAAAUGGGUGCCAAAAAUAAAGCCAGCCAAACCAAAGUUGACCAACAAAGAGUUAAAUUAGAAAAAGAAUUGCAAAAAUUAAACGAGCAAUUACAAAACGAAAAUGACCCCGCCAAAAAACAAGAAUUAGAGCAAAAAACCAAAGCAAUAGAACAACAAAUCCAAAAUCUAGGCCAUAAUUCUCCCAACCCGCCGAUUAAUCCAGGUGGCAACGGACAGCAACCACCAAUUAAUAAUAAUGAAACCCACCGGCAAAUUACUGUCAAAUACAAUACCGAAGUAGGUGGUAAGCAUGAAUAUAUUGAUAUUAAUGACAACAAAAAGAGAGUUUUAAUUGAUACUAAAAAUAAAAUUUUCUCCUCUGCUAGUAAUUUAACUAUCAAAGAUAAUCAAUAUAAUUUUUCUUUUUACGAGGAGGAUGCUACGGAAAAAAGAGGAAAUGGUUUCAUUUUUGACGAGAAUAAUGAUACAUUUCAAUUAAUACCUAUAACUACGGCUCCCUCGCCCUCGAAAAAUCCGAAGUCAACUCCACCACCGAGCAGCCAAACGCCGCCUCCUUCCCAAAGCAAAAAGAAAAUAGUUUUGAAAAUGAAAUAUAUGUUUAAUUCUGGUUUUGAUCACUAUGUGUUUGGUGGAGAAGGAAGAAAUGGAAGAACGGUUUUUAUUAGCCAAAAAAACCCCAGCGUUAAUAAGAUAUUAAAAAAAAAUUUCGCCGAGUAUGAAAUUAGUUUUGAAUUAGAUCCAGUAGAAGAAAAUUAUUUUGAAACUACCAAAAUUAUGUUUUUUGAGGAAAAUGAUAGCGUGGAAGUGGUUGAACUUGCUGAAUUAAUCAUUAAUAACUGCCCCGAAAUUGAGUUGGUUAACUGUGCCGCCAACUCACUUACUGACGUGGGUUUUUUGACUACCCUCGACCCCGAAAAAUUGACCAAUCUUUACUUGGAGGAUAAUAAUAUUUCGGAGCAAGAUUUAAGUUGUUUUGCAAAAUUUGUCAAUUUAACUACGCUUUUGGUUGGCAAUUCGGAUAAAAACAAAAUCAAACAAGGCAUUUAUAAUCGAUUUACUGGCAACCUAGAAUGUUUAAAAAAUUUAAGCAAGUUAGAAAGAUUAAGUAUUAAAAAUACUGAUAUCGACCGGGGAUUAGAAUUUUUGCCUCGCUCAGUCCAAGAAUUUCAUUGUUCGGCCGACCAAAGAAAGGAAAGCGGAGUGAAAAAAAUUGCGGAGGAAUUACAACCUUUUCUCAUCAGUAGUUUUCACGGGACUUAUGACUUUAAAAGUUGA